AUGCAGGCUAAAUUUCACUGCAUUCCCAUACAAACCGAUAGUCCGUCGGAUAAUAUCUUCCUUGCUAAAGAUCAGUGGAGCAACUGCAGCGGACCAUUUCGCCCUCAGCAAAACGUAUCCGUCCAAACAUGCGGAUUCGACAGUUUCUACUAUGGAAGCGGAAAAUGCUCGAAUCUUAAGCUGGAAAAUAUCGAUAAAAACGUUCUUGAAAAGUGUUCGAUUUUCGGGUCUUCUUCUUCUUCUUCGUUCGAUGAUGCGUGUGGGAAAUGUACUAAUGCAAUAUCGAAAGAAGUGGAUAAUUUGGUCGCUGAUUUGGGUGUUCGAGGAAAUAUUAGCGACGAAAAAGGUGUUUGUCUUGUUGCUGUUGUUGUCUCGGUGUUAGCUGGCAAAAUGAAUCUUAGUACAUCUGCUGAUGAUUUUGAUAGAUGCUUGCCUGCUUUGGCAAAUCCAGUAAAAUAUUCUUACAAAGAAAAACAUGUCAUUAAUUCAUCAGGUGAUCUAUCCGAAGCACUCUUAGCAGUUACUUUAGUAAUGAUUGGCCUAGCAAUGAUAAUCAUGCUAAUCAAGCACGUGACGAAAACCGAAAAACAAAUUAAGAAAGAAAAGACAGAAACCCUAAACAAAGAACUCGCCGCGAGAUGCUCGGGCCUCUACAGAUUCUCGAAAACGGAGAUUGAGAACGCGAUUAACUACACAGCCGUCGCCGACGGCAAACAGCUCCUAGGAAGAGGAAGUGCAGGACAGGUGUACAAAGGCAUGCUGCCAAGUGGACAGCUUAUUGCAAUCAAACAGCUUUUUCGGACAAACACGUCGGAUUCUUUUGCUAGAGAGAUCGACGGUCUUUCGAGGGUUCGGCACGCGAAUCUCGUCUGUCUGUUCGGAUGCGGCAUUGCGAGUGGGGUGCAGUAUUUGGUCUAUGAGUAUUGUUCUAAUGGGAAUCUUGCUCAGCAUCUUUUGAGGAAAGAUUGUGUCCUAACAUGGGAUUUGAGGGUGAAAAUAUUGAGGGGUUGUGCUUGUGCUCUAAGAUAUCUGCACUAUCACGCCGACGGAUGCAUCGUACACCGAGAUAUUAAGGUGAUUUUUUUAAUUUUUUUUUUUAAUUCGGGUGAAAUAUAUCGAGCGAAAGAUGUGAGCAUUGGAAAAAGGCCACUGACGGAUUUUGUAGAUCCUAGGAUGAAAGGAAAUGUUAACUACGUCGAUUUCGAGUCCAUAUUGCAAAUAGCUGUUCUUUGUGCAGCCAAUUCCAGCAAAGGUCGACCCACCAUCGAUUUGGUUUUCGACGAGUUGGAACGAGCCUGGAAUAACACAUCAAUGGCUGCUGAUCAGAUGAUAGCAAGGAAGGGAGAUGAGGUUGUUAGUUCGACGCCUUCAGGAUCACUUGAGCUAAUGCAACCUAAAGAGAUGAGUUGCUUCCCAUGUUUUCAAAAAAAGGAAGAAGAAAGCAGCAACGAGAAUAACAAUGAUUUGCCGAUAGCUCAGCCGAAAGAUUUCACUCCUCCUUCUCCUUCUCCUCCUCCUCCUGUAAAUAAUAGCAAUACGCAAGAUCCAUUAGACGACAACGAUGAUCAUAUCGAAGAAACGGAACAUAGUGCGGUGAAAUCUUUCACUUUCCGUGAACUAGCCACCGCAACAAAGAAUUUUCGUCAAGAAUGUCUAUUGGGGGAAGGCGGAUUUGGAAAAGUAUUUAAAGGGACACUUGUGCCAAGUGGACAGGUUGUUGCCGUUAGACAACUAGACAGAAAUGGAGUACAAGGAGGAAAGGAUUUCGUGCUCGAGGUCUCGACUUUGAGUUUCCUUCAUCACCAAAAUCUAGUAAAGAUAAUCGGAUAUUGUGCCGAUGGAGAUCAAAGGCUUUUGGUGUACGAAUACUUGUCGUCCGGUUCUUUGAAAAACCAUCUAUUCGAUCUUCCAGCUGGGAAAAAACCAAUAGAUUGGUCAACAAGAAUGAAAGUUGCUCUAGGUAUCGCAGAAGGGCUCGAGUACUUGCACGAGAAAGCCGAUCCCCCCAUUAUAUAUCGUGAUUUGAAAUCAUCGAACAUCCUGCUCGAUGAUGCGAACAAUCCGAGACUCUCGGAAUACGGGCUAGCCAAGCUCGUGCAGAGUGGCAAUAAGAUGCAACCGAGGGUGAUGGCGGGAUAUGGAUAUUGUGCACCGGAAUACGAGAGACAAGGUGAAUUGACAUUGAAAUCGGACGUUUAUAGUUUCGGUGUCGUCCUCCUUGAGCUUAUCACGGGCCGUCCGGCCAUGGACACUGCACGACCGACGGAAGAGCAAAAUUUAGUUAGUUGGAAAAUGUUGAUUCUAAUCCGAUCCAUCCGAUCUUCGUCUCUAAGCUAA